CUUUCAGUUACUGCCCCAUACAGUAUAUAUAGGGAGCAGCGGUUCUGACCGAGACACCACGACACUCCACCAAAUACUUAUUGAGACUGAGAACUUGUGAGAUACUAAAAUGUCCAAAGAACUACAGUUUAGCCACCAUGGACAUGGUGAAAAUGAUGAAGACUCUGAUGGACCUGAUACCAGACAUUUUAACCAUGGACAUGAAGAAACUAAUGAAUACUGUGAAGUAUCCUCUAACAUCCAUGAAAAUUCUGAAUAUGAUAAAAAAUGGCAUAGAAAUUCUAACCAACGUCUGCCUAAAAAACCGUCCAGAGUCAAAUUUUCAAGUGAUAUUAAUCCAAAAUUACUCAAAAAGGACACAUGGAAAUGGAAAAGACGUGAUUCAAAAAAGGCAAGUGUGGAUCUUGCAUCAGCUACUGCUUCAGGAAGCGGCAUCAUAGGCAUGAUUGACACGAUUGACAGACCUGCAGAUACCAAUGCAGAAGGCACCUAUACUCGAGCUGGAUCAUAUGUGGAUGGUUUUGAAAACAAACCAGGAAGGAGGAUUCCCAAAGCUGGAGUCUAUGCGGAAGCAGGAGUCGGACGAUACAGUGCUGAACGCAGUGUAUUUAGGGUAGAAGCCAAAGGUCCAAACGCCUCGGUUGCUGCUGAAGCCACUGCGGCUAGACUCGGGGUCGGAGCAAUGGCUCAGGUUGAAAUUGCCAGUGCGUCAGUUAGUGCUGGUCCAGUAGAUGUGAAAUUAGGACUUGGAGUCGACACGGGUGGAUAUAUUGGUUUGGGUGGGGUGGAGGCCAAAAUACUGGGAUUUGGAUUCUCAGUUGGUCGAAAAACCGGUAUAUCUCUUCUGGGUUCAGAAGUGUCAUUUUCACUCUAGUCACACAGGUAUCAAUAACCUUUGAAUAUUUACAUGUAUUAUUUUACUAUAAAUUUAUCCUAAAAAUCUCUGUCAUGGAACAUGUACCUUGUUAUCUGUCAAAAUGUCAACUAAUAAACUCAUACUUGUGUGUCUAAUUUGGCCAUAUAUCUUAUUACA